AAAUAAAAAAGCCCUAGAAUUUGGUGAUUAGUAUAAUCAUUGAAUCGAAUCGUAUUCCCCUCAUUCUCGAAGUUGCAGCAACAGAGUAGAAUCAAUGUCCUCACGCGAUAGCAAGAAACCCUCUAGGCAAACCUCCGGUAGCCGUGCCGGAGGAAUUCGUACACUUUCUGAUCUCAAUCGUCCAUCCGGUCACGAUUCCGACAGCGAUUCCGAUGGUCCCCAAGAAUACUACACCGGUGGUGAAAAAAGUGGAAUGCUUGUUCAAGAUCCUUCAAAGCAUAAUGAUGUGGACUCCAUCUUUGACCGAGCUAGGCAAGUGGGUGCCACGCAAGGUCCUUUGGAAAAUGUCGUCCCUAGUUCAAGCUCAACAAGCUUUACUGGAUCUGCGAGAACACUUGCAGGGGAGACAGUGCCAACAUCAGCAGCUCCUCAACCGCCCGAGUCCAUCGUGCACAAUAUUGUCUUCUGGAGAAAUGGUUUCACUGUAAAUGAUGGUCCUUUGAGAAGGCUGGAUGAUCCUGAAAAUGCAUCUUUUCUGGAGAGUAUCACAAAGUCUGAAUGUCCUAGAGAGUUGGCUCCUGCAGAUACCAGAUCCCAGGUGCAUUGCAACCUCAUAAGAAGGGAUGAGAACUGUCCUGAACCAGAGAAACGCCAAGUUUCGUUUCAGGGAGUGGGAAGAACACUUGGAAGCAGCGCAACUCCAGCAACUUCUGAGCCAUCUGCUUCUGCUCCCACAAGCACAGUCCCAGCAGCUUCCACAAAUGUUCUGGAUGAAUCAUUGCCUUCGACCUCGCUUCAAAUUAGAUUGGCAGAUGGAAGUCGCAUGGUUGCACACUUCAACUUCCACCAAACUGUUGGCGACAUCCGUGCCUUCAUUGAUGCUUCAAGGCCAAGUGACACCAGGGCAUAUCAACUACAAACUGUUGGAUUUCCUCCUAAAAUGCUCAGUGACCCAACCCAGACGAUUGAGCAAGCAGGACUGGCAAAUUCAGUGGUUAUACAAAAAUUUUAAUGAGCUGCCAAAACUCUCUUUUCGUUUUAUUAUUUCCAGACGUUUCGAUUUAUUUACUAUUGGAUAUUAUUUUUAAUCUUUGUGAAUCUAAAGCUGUACCAAGAUAGCAGCAGGUGUUGUAUAAAAACGCAACGUUGUACGGGUCUGUCUCCGAAUUAUGUGUCAUAUGGUACUUUCUUCAUCUCCUGUAAGAACAGCUGCUGUGUGGAAAUGAAGUAGAAUGGUUUGUAUGA